AUGGUAUUUUAUCUAGUGAUAUAUAUAAGAAGAAUAUAAAUAUAAUUAAUUUUCCAUAAUGUUAAUUGCAAUUUAUAUUUGAUUAUUUUCAUUGUUGUUGUCAAUCAAAAUAUUAGAAUUGCUGUUUAAUUGCCUGUCAAAGAGUUUAAAAUAACUAUUACAUUUAUUUAGACAAAAGGGUUUUUAAUAUAUUUCUUUUAUUUUAAUUAAAGUUAACUAACUAAGCCUAUGUUCAUAAUUUUACACAAAAAACGAUUCUCCAGAGAAUACUUUGGGGGAAGGUUUUGAUUUGGCUUAAAAUAAUAGUCUAAUCAAAUAUUUGCGCUACCAUAAUGCUUUUGUGAAAUCUAGAAAAGUUGUGGAUCAAUAGCAAAUGCUAGAAAACUUUCAUAGAAUAUAUUAAAUAAUUGGGGACAAGACAUCCUAUUAUUUAUUCUACCAAUCAAAAGGAUGAGAACAUUAAAAUAAAAUUUUACCAGGAAAUCUUAAUUUAUAGUUUUAGUGUAUGUAAAUAUGAGAGUAAUAAAAAAAUAAUAAGUUUGCGCUCUUGAUCGAUUGUACGAUAACAAUUUUAAUAAUAAAUACACUUUAUACAUUCUUCUUGUAAGAUAAUGCCUUGACCUUUAACUGCUACUUAACUCAAUUUCAUAUUCC